AUGCGUUUGCUUGCGCUUCUUUUAUGCUCAGCAGCUCUUGCUUCCUCAACGGCGACGCGAAGAUGCAAACUUUCACCCUUUGAUACUACUUGGCCUACUGAUGCUGAGUGGGCGGCGUUGAACGACUCUAUUAGUGGCAGUCUAAUCAAGACACGCCCGGCUGCAUCUUCCUGUUACAAAACAAAUCCGUUUAACGCACCGUUGAAUUGUAACAUUGUUGAGGCCAACUGGACUCAGUCUACUUUCCAUGCCAAUCUUCCCGAGUCGAUUUCAUCCCCAUUGUACGCCAACAAUUCCUGUCUACCUCCUGGGGCUCCAGGUUACAACAAAACGGCUGGUUGCCAUCUUGGUGGAUAUCCAAGUUAUGUUGUGAAUGCGACAAGCGACGAACAGAUCGCUCUCGCUGUCAGAUGGGCAUCGGAGCGAAAUAUCCGCAUCGUUGUCAAGGGGACCGGCCAUGAUCUAUCCGGAAGAUCUAGUGGUGCACACUCUCUGUCCAUCUGGACUCGUCACAUGCAACAGGUCGAGUUCGAUCCGGACUGGAGAGUACCUGGGACCAAUAAGACAGACACCGUGCUCAUCGCUGCAAGCGGGCUCACUUACGGUGAUGCAGUCGGUCAUGCCCUCAAGUACGAUCAUGUCAUUGUGAGUGGCAAUGAUGCGACAGUUGGCUUGGGAGGGCACAUACAAGGCGGUGGUCAUGGCCCAUUGUCCAGUACUUUCGGGUUGGCCGCUGACAACAUAUACCAAGUGAGAGUAGUAACGACUCAGGGUCACAUACUCACUGCCGAUGCCACUCAGAAUCAGGACCUUCUCUGGGCCAUUCGAGGGGGUGGCGCUGGACAAUAUGGUAUCGUCACUGAAUACGUGCUGAAAGCCUAUCCCGCACCAAGUGUCAUCGAAACCGGUUUCACUAUAUCUCCACGUGGUAACACCACAGCCGCAUAUGGAGGGACCUGGAACGCUUUCUCAGAGCUAUUGCGCCUGCUCCCUGAUCUUAUGGACGCCGGCUUGGCCGGUGCAGCGGUAGUACAGGGCAAUCAUAAAGCCGGCGUCAGCAUCAGCCAGGGGUUUUAUGCCUUCAACAAGUCAAAGACAGACACCGAAAAGUUGAUUCAGAUGACCAUCGAUAGGAUUUAUACUUGCACUGGUAACGAUAGUAGCAUCUUAUCUAUUGUUGCUUCCAACACAACUGUCCAUCCUACCUACAAGGGGUUCUUCGAAGCCUUGAAUACUGGCGGUUCAAACCAGGCCGGAGCUUACUCUAUGCCAUCCAGUCGACUCCUCGGUCGCCGAGAGACAUCCAAAAUCAAACAGACGACGCUGAUUAGCUAUCUCAAGCGAAUGAUCACAAACUCUGACCCGGAAGGAUCCGGUAUGGCUGUGAUCGGUUUGCAAGGUGGACCAGGUCCUGCAAAAACGCCAAGAAGCAUGAGAGGCGCGCUUCUACCAGCAUGGCGAUCAACCUAUCUCCAUACAAUGAGUUAUAGUUUGACUCUCGACACUGCCCUUACACCGGCAGAGACCCUGGAGAAAGGAGCACGUGAGCUUAAUGAUUCUAAGGAGAAACUCUGGCAGGAAUGGGCGGCAGAUACUGGAGCGUACAUGAACGAGGCAAAUCCUUAUAAUCCGUCUUUUAAAAAGGAUUUCUAUGGAGAAUUUUAUUCUCUUCUGUUGGCAGUGAAAGGAAAGUAUGACCCUACUGAGAGUCUUUGGGUUUUAUCUGGAGUCGGAAGUGAUGCUUGGGACUAUAGUCUAGACACAGGCAAGCUUUGCAGAAGGAGUUGA